CGCGCCCUGGCCCCGGCGCGGCGCCGCCCGUGGCGCUCCGGCUCUCGAUGGCGGCGGCGGCGGCGAGGGCGGCCCCGGGCCCGGGCACCGGCGGCCCCGGCCGCUGGGAGGUGGUGCGCAAGGGCCGCCGGGGGCCCGCGGGCGGCGCCGGCAGCCGCCGUGCCCUGGGGGAGGCCAACGCCGGCCGCGCGCUGCCCGUGCCCGCUCCCAUCGCCGCCUCCAGCACCAUCUUCCAGCUGGGCUUCGAGCGGGCGCUGCGCAAGCAGAACAAGGAGCAGGUGCCGCCGGCCGCCGCCGCCGAGCCGCCGCCGCGGAGGCAGCACACCGGCAAGAGCGGCAGGAAGGCGCCGGGGAGCGACGGCGCGGCACAACCGGGCCGGUGCCGCUCGCUGGAGGAAGCCGUGAAAGCCCUGGACCUGGCGGAGCUGCAGAAGGAGCUGCAGAAGAGCCAGAGCGUGUUCCCCGAGAACCCCUCGGUGUGGGUGAAGGACCUGGCUGGCUACCUCAACUACAAGCUGCAGGCCCCCAGGAGCGACCCCGUGCUCAGCCAGCACCCCCACGACUACCCGUACUGCCUGGCCAGCAGGGAGCUGCGGGGCAUCAUCCGCUCCCUGCUGGCCAAGGCCUCGGGCUCCCUGGAGCUCUUCUUUGACCACUGCAUCUACACCAUGCUGCAGGAGCUGGACAAGGCCCAAGGGGAGUCCCUGCACGGCUACAGGAUCUGCAUCCAGGCCCUGCUGCUCUACAGGCCCCGCAUUGCCACCUCCAGCCUGGGCAAGUACCUGGAGGUGCUGCGCUCCCAGCAGAGCCGCCCGGCCAAGUGCCUGACCGUGCUGUGGGCUCUGGGGCAGGCUGGCUUCACCGACCUGCACGAGGGCCUGAGAGUGUGGCUGGGCGUCAUGCUCCCGGUGCUCGGCAUCAAGUCCCUGUCGCCCUACGCCGUCUCCUACCUGGACCGGCUCCUGAUGAUGCACCCCAACCUCACCAAAGGCUUCGGCAUGAUCGGCCCCAAGGACUUCUUCCCCCUCCUGGACUUCGCCUUCAUGCCCAACAACUCGCUGUCCCCCAGCCUGCAGGAGCAGCUGCGGCGCCUGUACCCGCGGCUGAAGGUGCUGGCCCUGGGCGCCCGGCCCGAGGCCGCCCUGCACACCUUCUUCCCCUCCUUCCUGUCCCGCGCCACGCCCGCCUGCCCGCCGGCCAUGAAGGAGGAGCUUCUGACCUCCCUGAGCCAGUGCCUGAGCCUGGACCCCCUGAGCUUCAGCGUCUGGAGGCAGCUCUACACCAAGCACCUCGCUCAGUCCAGUUUGCUGCUGAACCACCUCCUGGAGACCUGGGAGAGCAGCAGCAAGAAGGUGCAGCAGUCACUGCAGGAAACGGUUCGCUCCUUCAAGGUGACAAACGAGGAGCUGGCAGCCAGGGCGGCCGGAGGGGACACGGAUGUGGCCGCCUGUGACGCCGCCUGCAAGGAGCUGCUGUGCAAGAUGAGGGGCCGGGGCUUGCCCUGGCCACGGCUGCUGCUCGUCCUGCUGCUGCUGGCUGCUGGCUUCCUGCUGCACGACGUGCACACACACGGCUCCUUCCAGGCCUCGUCCUGUGCCCGGCUGCUCCGCUCCUCCGGCGUGCUGCCCGCCUGGCAGAAGGUGUCCCGUGCCUGCCUGCAGGGCUACAGGUGGCUGGAGCGUGGCGUGGCACGGCACGGCUCGGUGGCCCUGGCCGCGCUGUGGCCGCAGCUGGAGCGGCUCGGCGGGACGGGCGCCGAGGUGGCCCGGGCGGUGUCACAGCAGGGCUGCUCGCUGCUCGCCUGGCUCCACGGCAGCCUGCCCUGGCUCGGCGACUGGCUGCGGAGCCGGCUCCCCGAGGCGCUGCUGCACCUGGCCGAGUGCGUGCGGGAGCUGCUGCAGUUCCUGCUGCACAGCUGCCUGCUGCCGCUGCUGCAGGGCCUGGCUGCGGGGCUGCAGCAGGGCUGGCAGCGCUGCCUCGACUCCUGCAGCGGCGAGGUGACGUGGCAGUGCGUGAGGGACCACCUGACGAGCUUCACCUCCUCCUGCUGGGUUUUCCUGCGGAACGCCGCGCUGGCGCUCAAGGACUGGGCGCUGGCCGCGAUUUCGGGGCGCUGAGGGGCUGGCCAGGGCUGGCCGGAGCUCACGCCGAGGGCUGGCCGGAGCUCACGCCGAGGGCUGGCCGGGGCUCACGCCGAGGGCUGGCCGGAGCUCACGCCGCGCUCUGCCUGCCCCGGGGGCUGCAGGACACGGCGUGAGGCCCACCGGAGCUCGGGCUCGCACGGGGCUUUCGGGGAGGUUUAUUUUUUGGGGGGCUGGGGAGACACUGGUCCAGGUUCCCCCACGCCCCGUGACCGCUCUGGCGUGCCCGUCCCGCUGUCCCCGGGUGGGUGAGCCCCGUCCCCGCGUGUCCCUGCCCACAGGGCCAGGCUCGGCGCCUGCAGCCCCUCGCCCUCCCCCCGGGAAUGAACGGAUUUAUUUUAUUAUUUUUUCCUUAUAA